UAAUGAUAAUGAUGACCAAUGUCUAGCGGGAAUGGAGACCAUAACUAACUCAGAUAUGGAGGGAAGAGAAUUUAUUGCUGGAAGACGUCUGUCCUUGACAUUAUCAACAGUUCAUCAAGGAACUCCCAUCAGGACCAGUGAAUCAGAGGAGCCUUCAGACAGAGUGGCCUUGAAUCCCAGUGAAGUUUGUGAGAGUAAUUGCAAGGGUUGCUCAUCUUCCAGCAUUCAUCACCAUGUACAGAGGGACCUCCCAUUCUCCCUUAGCCCUGAGCUAAAUGAAGACAUCCUUCAGACACCUACCAAGAAAGAUGCAGAGAUGAGAAAAUUUAAAUGUGUUGAAUGUGGAAAGGCUUUUAAGUUUAAACAUCAUUUAAAAGAACACGUUCGAAUACAUAGUGGUGAGAAGCCAUAUCAGUGCUCAAGAUGCAAACGAAGAUUCUCACAUUCUGGAUCAUACAGCUCUCACCUUAACAACAGAAAAUGCUGUUCUAGUGACCAGACAAGCCCUACAAUGCCUUCUAUUCCACCUUGCACAUCAGAGGAAAGGACUGCUAGAUGUAAAAAACAAAAUGAAGAGGGAAAACCGUGCCACCCAGCCAACAUGGGCCAUAGAAACUGGUUAAUUUAUGAUCCAGUUGUUGGACCUCUUGCAAAGAUGCCAGUAACAUGGCUAGAUUAUGACUUAAAUAGUUUCUGUGGAUCAGUUGAUAUGAGAAUGACGCCAAGAAGGACACAUUUGGAACAAGCUACUGAAAAUUGGCACCUUGGCAAUGCACAUUGGAGCAAUUUACAACAAUUACCAACCAGGGCUUAUGGUUGGCCAGGAGCUGAUGUGGGACACUUUGGUGUUCAUUUUCCUCUAGCUUUGCCAAAGCCUUCACUAAUAACCAGUAACCCCCAACAUGAUCAGUAUAUUCCAAAAUCAUUUUUCCUUAGUCGGCGCAGUCAAGUUUUAGCUAAUUUAUGUCAUACGGAAUUUAAAUGUGACGAUUUACUUCAAACAGCCAAUAGUUCUCUUACCAGCACUCAGACUGUAGAUGAAAGGUGCCAUAAAACAGAGAUAGAAAAUUCCAAAUGUGCUACAGACCAAAAAGACACUAACACCAGUGAGUGUCAACCACCUUCAACCUCUGAGAUUGAAUUUGAGACUUCAGAUUUUUGCCAACCAGAAUUUCAUGACUCUGCAAUCCAUAUUCUCCCAUCUCUCAUGAAUAUUAUUCCCAUGCCUUCUAACAGUUUCCAUAAUGAACCACAAAUGGAACCACUGGACUUAUCUUUGCCAAAGUUAAACAGGACACUGCCCAUAAAUAAUGGUUUUAAAAGGAACAAUUACAGUAACUCAUCUUCUGUCUCUGUGUUUGCAUAUGAUGGACAACCAACUAGUGUGUUACAGAAUUUCAUGGACAACAACAACCCUGUUUUUCAGACCAAUCAUGCUUUUAAAGGGCUACAACUUUACCCAUUUUUACAUAAGCUUGACGGAUAUAAGGAAUUUUUUAAACCACUUUCAGUUGGGGUCCAAGGCUCUAUGGAAAACAUUUUUAAAGAAGCCCCUGGAAAUGGUCAGACCGGACCCAUAAGGAACAAGCUUCAGAAGGCAGAAAAUGGACUAUAUGCUUGUGAUCAAUGUCAUAAAAUGUUUCAGAAAGGUAGUUCCCUCUUACGGCAUAAAUAUGAACAUACAGGGAGCAGGCCUUAUAAAUGUGAAGUCUGCAGGAAGGCAUUUAAGCACAAACACCACCUUAUUGAACAUGUCCGUCUGCAUUCCGGAGAGAAGCCCUACCAUUGUGAAAAGUGCGGAAAAAGGUUCUCCCACUCUGGAUCCUUUUCUCAACACAUGAACCAUCGGUACUCCUACUGUCAUAAGCACGGAACACAAGAUCAAGAGAUGGGUGAUCAGUGAAGCUGGUGCUAUUCAAUUCUAAAUUUUAGUCAUUCGUUGGCCAGCGAGGCACUUGUACAAUAAGCCAGAGAGAACAAGCACUCUAUGAUGAACAAAGUUUCUGGUUCUUCAUACAUCCAAUUAUACAUUGUGAAUAAUGACGAGUGAAUCUGUCCCAUGGUGAAAAUUUGAGAAAAAAAUACUAAAAACAUAUAUAUACUACUAGGCAGAAUUGGUAACAAGCUCUAUGAUAAUAUAGAAAAUUUCUAUACCUUACGUAUUAUUUGUCUAGGGGUUCAUAGCAAUAUGGAUCAGAUAAAUGGGGGGAAUCAGUUAAAAGUGUCUGGUAGUUACACAUUCAUCUCCCCCGUGCUGUGUGCCUGUAACAUGAUACAGUAUAUCAUAAAACUAUGCAAAGAAUUGUUAGUAUGCUCUAUUAUGCUCUAAUAAUUUCAUAUAUCCCCAAUCUGAAUUAAACAUCUUCAGGUUACAGAAGGGUGUAUUUUAUAAAUACAAUUAUCCAGAAAUUUAUUUUUUUUAAAUAACUUUUUUCUAAUAAUAUAAUUGAAAGAAAUGAGUGAAAUGGAUGCAAUAUUAAUAAAGCUGGGCUAAAUGUUUAAACAUAAAGUCACACUGUGGGGUUAAAAAUAAAUGUGUAAAUGGUUUUAAGACACCUUGCAUAUUGUAAAAGCCAAAAGUGAGCACUUGUUUUGAUAAUAUCAGCUCUCUCUUUGUGAUAUAUGCUAAUACAGCCCAGAAUAUGAAAGCAGCCCCCCUUCUAUAAGUAUUGGU